GUAUUGAUCCUAGAAGAUUGACAAAAGAACAACUAUUAUUAGAACUGACAAAACGAAAAAUAAAUGUUGACAAAACUGCUAAAAGAGACGAGUUGAUUAAAGAAUUAGAACUUGCCUUAAUCAACAAUAUAGAAAUAAUACAAGAGGAAAACUUUUUAGAAGGUGAUGUUGAUAAAAGUAAAAGAUACACUACUGCUAUCAUAUUAGAAAGUCUAAAAAGGAAAGUUGAGGAAGGAGAACUGGGUGAAGACGAGGUUCCAAAACUACAAACUAUUCAUGGCUGGAUUUCACGUUAUUCCGCAUAG